AUAUAAGUUGCAUGAUUAUUUAAACGAGAGGACUUCUGUCGACACAGACCCCCACACACACACACACAAACAAACAAAACUGUGUCAAAUUGCUAAUUAAUUAGUAAACAUUGAUUAUUAUCAUUAUUAUUUUACUGAAUGCAUAAACAGUAAUGAUCAAAGGCAUCAUUAGUUAUUGAAACUCUUAUAUGAUCCAAUAUAUAUCAUGGUGACAAAUUGAACAUGCAAAAGAACAAAAAAAUAAUAAUCACUAGUGAAAUCAAUGUAAUCAUUGUAUUUCUUUUACAGUUUAUAUCAGAUGUUUCUGCUAUCAAAUGUCGUGUUUGUUUACCAUGUGAAGACAAAUACAAAAAAUUAUUCCAAAUUACAAAAGACGAAAUUUUAGAUAACUGUGGAGUUUGUAUUACAGCCUACUCAACUUUCCAAGGUUAUCAAAUGGAAGGUCGAGGUUGUUUACUUAAAUGUCCACCUAAAGAUGCUAUCAAUGAGCUUACUCCAGGACUUGUUAACAAGUAUAACUGUUGUUAUUAUGACUUUUGCAAUAGAGCAAACAAAUUAUUUGUACAGUACAAAUUAAUUAUUCUGAUUUCAUGUUUAUUCAAUUCAUUAUUUAUUGUUGUGAAUAGAUUUAGUGUUUGUUAAAUGUAAAUACAUGUCAGCAUUUCACCAAGA